AUGGAGAUGAAGUUCUACGCCGCUCAAGCUUUCGCUCUUGCGAGCAUUGCAACUGCUUUCCCGCACCCCCAGCUUCCCUCACUGCCAUCCUUCUCGCUACCGACUGGUGGAUCAGGCUCUGGUCUUGGUGGCCUUGGUGGCCUUGGUGGAGGCUCGGGACUGGGUGGCCUUGGUGGAGGAUCAGGAAUUAGCCUCCCAACCAACAUCCCCUCUCUUGGAGGUGGAGGCUCAGGACUUGGUGGACUUACUGGUGGAGGCUCGGGACUUGGUGGUCUUGGUGGCCUUGGAGGAGGAUCAGGAUUCAGCUUGCCAACCGGCAUCCCCUCCCUCGGAGGUGGAGGUUUCUCACUUCCGACCAGCCUUCCCAGCCUGGGUGGAGGCAGCACCGGUACAGGUGGCUCGGGGUUGAGCAGCUGGCUCAGCGGCCUAGGUGGAGGUUCCAGUGGAGGUCUCGGGGGCCUUUCUGGUCUUGGAGGUCUCGGAGGCCUCGGAGGCGGUGCUGGUGGUGCUACGACAACAGCUGACGCCGCUGUUCCCGCACCUUCCAAGACCGGUGCCGCUCAAGCACCCGCCGCAACGGGCGGAGGCAACACUGGCGGCGCCGGCACGAUCGGCACAGACUGCAAGCCGCAAUCCGGAUCGUCCAACGCCUUCGGAGGAAGCGAAAACGGUAUCGUGGACAAGAGCUGCUGUACCGACAUGACCAUCGUCUUCGCACGUGGUACCGGAGAAAUGGGCAACGUCGGAUCCGUGUCCGGACCACCCAUGUUCAAGGCUAUCCGGCAGAAGCUUGGUAACGACCGUGUUACCGUCCAGGGUGUUGACUACGCUGCCUCUGCUGCUGGCAACGCCAACCUCGGUGGCGACGGUGGUCAGAAGAUGGCCGAUCUGGUCAAGCAGGCCAAGGCUCAAUGUCCCGACACCAAGAUCAUUGUAUCAGGCUACUCUCAAGGUGCCAUGGUCGUUCACAAUGCUUUCAGCAAGGGCAUUUCUGCUACUGAUGUUAGCGGUGCUGUCAUGUUUGGAGACCCAUUGAAGCGCCAGGCUAUCAGCGGUCUUUCGGCUGACAAGAUCAAGCAGUUCUGCGGUACUGCUGAUCAGAUCUGCGGUGGUGGUGGUGAUGGCGGUGCUACUGGAAGCCAUCUCAGCUACGGCAGCAGUGCGGAUGCGGCCGCUUCCUUCGCUAUUCAGGCCGCUGGGCUUGCUUAG